AUGGCAGGAAAAGAGGAUGGCGUCUCCUUGGCCGGCUCGGUUGCCGGGGACAAGUCCGACACCCUCGGCUCUGCUGCCUCGGGCAAGAAGAGGGGUGGUGGACAGAAGAAGCAGAUACAAGCCAACAAAUCUGCUCUCCGAGCCCCUCGAGCUCUCUGCUGCCUCACCCUCAGUAACCCCAUUCGCAUGGCUGCCUUAGCCCUUGUUGAAUGGAAAUAUCCUUCAAUGAUGAUACCUUUUGAUAUCUUCAUUCUACUUGCUAUAUUUGCCAACUGUGUGGCCCUGGGUGUAUCUAAACCCUUCCCCGAGGAGGACUCCAAUUCCACCAACCACAACCUGGAACAAGUAGAGUAUGUCUUCCUGGUCAUCUUCACCAUUGAAACCUUCACUAAGAUCCUGGCCUAUGGCUUGGUCAUGCACCCUAGCGCCUACAUCCGCAGUGGCUGGAAUUUGCUUGAUUUUGUCAUCGUUGUCGUUGGGUUGUUCAGUGUGGUUGCUGAGGGGACGGCUGACCACAAGCCUGGAGAGGCCCACCACGCAGCAGGCAAACCAGGAGGACUGGAUGUCAAAGCGCUCAGAGCCUUCAGGGUGCUGCGACCCCUUAGGCUGGUGUCUGGCGUACCCAGUAGGUUGUUCAGUGUGGUUGCUGAGGGGACGGCUGACCACAAGCCUGGAGAUUCCCAUCAURCAGCAGGCAAACCAGGAGGACUGGAUGUCAAAGCGCUCAGAGCCUUCAGGGUGCUGCGACCCCUUAGGCUGGUGUCUGGAGUGCCGAGUCUCCAGAUUGUCUUGAACUCCAUCAUGAAAGCCAUGGUUCCCCUGCUGCACAUUGGUCUGCUGGUCAUGUUUGUCAUCAUCAUCUAUGCCAUCAUCGGCCUGGAGCUCUUCCUCGGCAGGAUGCACAAGACCUGUUUCUACUUGGGAACAGAACUGAACGUGGAUGAUGACCCCACACCGUGUGCGUUUGCUGGGAAUGGGCGCGAUUGUGUGGGCAAUGGGACAGAGUGCAGAGGACCGUGGGAGGGGCCUAAUGGCGGGAUCACCAACUUUGACAACAUAUUUUUUGCCAUGUUGACUGUGUUCCAGUGUAUCACCAUGGAGGGCUGGACCGAUGUGCUCUACUGGAUGAAUGAUGCAAUUGGCUUUGAAAUACCCUGGGUGUACUUUGUCUCUCUGGUCAUAUUUGGCUCGUUUUUCGUUCUCAACCUUGUAUUGGGAGUGUUGAGCGGAGAGUUCUCCAAAGAACGAGAGAAGGCCGUGGCUCGUGGAGAGCUGCAGGACGCCCAGAAUAAGAAGCAGAUGGAGGAGGAUAUGUGUGGUUACAUGGACUGGCUCAUCGAGGCCGAGGAUGUGGAUGAGGAAGGAAACAAACGUGCUGCUGUUGCCAAGAAGAAAAUGAUGAAGAAGUUUGGCUGGUAUAAACACAGCGAGGACGGAGAAUCGGAUUCAGACUCUGAAUUUGAAGCAUAUCUAGAUGACGACAAUGGCUGCUGCGCAUCUCUUAUGGCUAAAAUGAUGGCCAACAGUUUCUGUGAACAGCUAUGCCAACUGAACCACGCCUUUCGGAAGAACUGUCGUGUAGCAGUCAAAUCCCAGAACUUCUAUUGGCUGGUGCUUCUUCUGGUGUUUCUCAACACUGCAGCCAGUGCCUCUGAACACUACGGCCAGCCCAAGUGGCUCACUGAGAUGCAGGAGCGGGCCAAUAAGAUCCUGUUGAUGUUGUUCACGCUGGAGAUGCUGUUAAAGAUGUACAGUUUCGGUUUCCAGAUCCACUUCCUGGCUCUGUUUAACCGCUUCGACUGCUUCGUGGUGUGUGGUGGCAUCCUGGAGACGGUCCUGGUUGAGUUGCAGAUCAUCCCUCCCAUCGGCAUCUCUGUGCUGCGCUGCGUCCGCCUGCUCAGGGUGUUCAAAGUGACACGCUAUCUGCUCCCUGCUGCUCCUGCUUUCCUCUUCCUCAUCAUCUUCUCCCUGCUGGGGAUGCAGCUGUUUGGGGGCAAGUUCAACUUUGAUGAGACUCAGAUGAAGAGAAGCACGUUCGACACUUUCCCCAGGCCCUGCUCACCUGCUUCCAGAGAGAAAAAGGAUGAUGAAGAGGACUGGGACGAAGAUGAAGACAAAGAGGAAGAUGCGGCGAAUGAGAUGGAUGACUGGGAGGAGAAUGAGGAGUUGAGAGCCAUCGAGGGUCUGGAGGGAAUCAUGCCUGUGAAGCCUGAAUCCGCUCCAAAAGAGAAGAUUGAACCCAUUCCAGAUGGGAGCUCCUUCUUCAUUCUUGGAAAGAGAAACUGCCUUCGCGUGGCCUGUCAUAAUCUCAUCCACCACUCCUACUUCACCAACCUCAUCCUCGUCUUCAUCAUCGCCAGUAGUAUUUCUCUGGCCGCUGAGGAUCCAAUCAGAGCUCACUCCUUUAGGAACAACAUGCUUGGCUACGCUGAUUAUGCAUUCACCUCCAUAUUCACUGUGGAAAUCAUACUGAAGGUGACGGUUUUUGGUGCGUUCCUUCAUCCUGGUUCCUUCUGUAGGAAUGCCUUCAACCUCCUGGAUCUGCUGGUUGUCAGUGUGUCUCUCGCGUCCUUCUUCCUCCAUUCCAGCGCUAUCUCUGUGGUCAAGAUUUUCAGGGUACUCAAAGUGCUCAGGCCUCUUCGAGCUAUCAACAGAGCCAAGGGACUCAAGAAUGUAGUGCAGUGCGUGUUUGUGGCAAUCAAAACCAUCGGAAACAUCUUGAUCGUCACAACGCUCCUCCAGUUCAUGUUUGCUUGUAUUGGAGUGCAGCUCUUCAAGGGAAGAUUCUACAGUUGCACCGAUGAAGCUAAACACACUCCAUAUGAGUGCAUGGGGACGUUUGUGGUGUAUAAGGAUGGGGAUAUGAAUCACCCUAUGGUGAGAGAGAGGAAAUGGCAAAACAGUGAAUUCAACUUUGACAAUGUGCUGCAGGGCAUGCUGGCCCUGUUCACUGUGUCUACAUUUGAAGGCUGGCCGCAGCUGCUGUACAAGGCCAUCGACGCCAAUGCUGCGAACCACGGCCCUAUUUACAACUACCGCGUGGAAAUCUCCAUAUUCUUCAUCAUCUACAUCAUCAUCAUCGCCUUCUUCAUGAUGAACAUCUUCGUGGGCUUCGUCAUCAUCACGUUCCGUGAACAGGGAGAAUCUGAGUUCAAAAACUGCGAACUGAACAAAAAUCAAAGACAGUGUGUACAGUACGCUCUGAAAGCCAAGCCCAUCAAGAUCUACAUUCCCAGAAACCCGUCCCAGCUGAAGUUCUGGAAGAUCAUCGCCUCCAGCCAGUUUGAGUACAUCAUGUUUGUCUUAAUUCUUCUCAACACCCUCACCUUGGCUGUGCAGCAUUAUGAGCAGUCUAAAACAUUCAACUCUGUGAUGGACAUCCUCAACUUGAUCUUCACAGCACUAUUUACCAUAGAGAUGGUCAUCAAGCUACUGGCUCUCAGAACACAUCAAUAUUUCAUUGAUGCCUGGAACUCCUUUGACGCUCUGAUCGUUGUGGGCAGUGUGCUAGACAUCGUGGUCUCAGAGCUGAGUGGAGGAGACGAGGAUGUUGAAGCAAUCGAGGCCGCAGCCCAAGCUGCAGCUGUAGCCGUACCCGGAGCUCCGCCCGGGGCCAAGAAGGAAAGCGGAAAAGUGUCCAUCACAUUCUUUCGUUUGUUCCGAGUCUUGCGAUUGGUCAAGCUGCUCAGCAAAGGGGAGGGCAUUCGAACCCUCCUCUGGACGUUUGUCAAGUCCCUCCAGGCCUUGCCAUAUGUCGGUCUACUUAUUGCGAUGAUUUUCUUCAUCUACGCUGUGAUCGGCAUGCAGACAUUUGGAAAGAUUGCUAUAGAUGACAACUCACAUAUCAACAGGAACAACAACUUCCAGACCUUCUUCAUGUCUGUCCUGCUGCUCUUCAGGUGUGCCACUGGAGAGCAGUGGCAGGAGAUCAUGUUGGCAGCGUUGCCAGGGAGACCCUGUGACCCUGAGUCAGACUUUGAGCCCGGGGAUGACAACAUGUGCGGCAGCAACCUGGCUUACAUCUACUUCAUCAGCUUCUUCAUGCUCUGCGCUUUCCUGAUCAUUAACUUGUUCAUUGCUGUCAUCAUGGACAACUUUGAGUACCUGACCAGAGAUUGGACUGUACUGGGAACUCAUCACCUGGACGAGUUCAAACGAGUCUGGUCGGAUUAUGACCCAGAGGCGACGGGUCGAAUCAAACAUAUCGAUGUGGUCACUAUGCUGCGCAGGAUCCAGCCACCCCUUGGUUUUGGCAAACUGUGCCCCCAUCGUGUGGCCUGUAAGAGGCUGGUUGCUAUGAACGUGCCGCUGCACAGCGACGGGACAGUCACCUUCAAUGCCACCCUGUUUGCACUGGUCAGAACCUCACUCAAGAUCAAGACCGAGGGGCCUGUUGACCAGGACAACGAGGAGCUCAGGGCCAUCAUUAAGAAGAUAUGGAAGCGCACUAAGCCCAAGCUCCUUGAAGAGGUCAUUCCACCCCCUAGAGGGGAAGAGGUGACUUGUGGGAAGUUCUAUGCCAGCUUCCUGAUCCAGGACUACUUUAAAAAGUUCCGCAAGAGGAAGGAGCGGGAGAGGAAGAAGAAGGGAAAAGACAAGAAAGACUCACUCCAGGCAGGGCUCAGGUCACUGCAGGCACUGGCCCCAGAGUUGCAUCUGGCCUUGGCAAUGGAGGGAGAGGAUGAGGAGGGUGUGGAGGGAGAGUUGGAUGAAGAGUUCUUCAAGAAUGACAACGUUUUCGAAGAUCCUGGCACCUCUGCCACAAGUACUCCAUCCACCACUCACAUGCCAGCUGACAUAGAGGAGGGCACCACCACUAUCUUCAUGGAGCCCUUCGUCGAGCCCACAAUAUCCAGCAACGUGGUCACAGAACAGCCAUUGACAGUCAGCGAGAAACCAGAAUCAGCUCUCUCAUCCUUUGAUGUAGUGAUGGAACAGCCCACGAGAUCUGAGGCCAUCCCUCCACCAGAAGACACACCAGCCCCGCCCCAACCAGCCCCAGCCGCAUCACCACCAAAAGAUCCAUCUCCUCCCCAACCAGCACCAGCCGCAAACCCACCAAAUGCCACAUCCCAGCCUCAACCAGCCCCAGUUGCAUCCUCACCAAAUGUUGCUUCUCCACCACAGGUGGUUACUCAAUCCCCACCUCAAAUAGUGUUAGCCCCACCAGAACCAGAGGCACCUCAAAUAGUUUUAGAGGCAGCCCCUGCCCCACCUCAACCAGAGCCAUUGAUGGAGGGAAGAGGAGGUGAAACGUCCACUACACAGCAGGUGUACUACCCACAGUACCCAGUGGACAUGCCAAUAAACAACGGGCAUGUGUAUCAAGAGCAACCUGUAGCAUCCCCUAUCCCGUCAGAGUACAUGCAGAGUCCUACUCCUAACUUCACCAAUGGGAGAGCUGCAGGAGUGCCCUACGCCAAUGGAAACGGCAUGAAUGGGAAUGUCUACAAUGGCGGUACGAAUGGAGGUAGUGUGAAUGGAGGUAGCAUCACCGGAAGUAGCAUGAGUGGCUACACUGGCAACGGUUACAACGGAAAUGGAUACAAUGGAAACGGCUACAACGGAAAUGGCAGCAAUGGAAACGUCUACAAUGGAAACGGUAACGGAUUGGAGCAGUAUGUCCGGAGACGUGUUCUUCCUCCCACUCCUGCAGGUCGCAAGCCGCCCUCCUUUAACAUCCAGUGUCUGAGGGCACAGCAUAGCGCGGAUGACAUCCCCAUCCCUGGCACGUACGAGAGUAACUCGCCCCCAUGCAGAUCCAGACUGACCCUUGACUCCCGCCGCAGCAGUGCCUCCUCUAUGUCCUCUGCCUCCUGGGCCAACAACGGAGGAGGACAUGCAGGGUUGACGCCAGGAGCAGGGGUGUCGGCAGCAUCAGCAGCAGCAGCGAAGAGAGGGCGUCUGCUCUACGCCCCUCUGAUGCUGGUGGAUGAAGCCAGGGGCACCAAGCAGGUGUGGGGAGACAGGACCCAGGCCACCUCCAGCCUCCCUGCUAUUGCAACCAGGCCCAGUGGCUGGUACCCUGGAGCCCCGACACUCCCUGUGCCCACCCCCCAGAACAGGAGCUACACCAAUGGCAGGGUGCCCUCCCAGAUCAGCCAGAGCCUCAUAGAGAAGGGCAGUGCAGACAGCCUGGUGGAGUCGAUCCUGAUAUCGGAAGGCUUGGGCCUCUAUGCAAGAGACCCAAAGUUUGUGAACUUCGCCAAGCGGGAGAUCGCGGACGCAUGUAACAUGACCAUUGAUGAGAUGGAGAACGCAGCCACAGACCUGCUGACCCGUUCGGCGGGCCAGCCAAUAGGACGCUUCGAGGAGGAGCUGGCUGACGAGAUGAACUGUGUGAUUUCCUACUGAGACUAGAGAGAGGAAAC